GUUUGGAGGAAUAUUUAAAUAAUUCUUAAAUCUUGCAAUAAUUUAUAAAUAUUUCACAAUUGUUGUUGUUAAAAUACAUUAAAUAUUUUACAGUACUCAAAAUAUUGCACAUAGAAGUAGAAUAAUUAAAGCGUUAAGUGCAACUGAACCAGAACAUUGUUUAUCAUAAAAAUGGGCAAAACUAAAACAAAUACUGAAUCUCAAGAUGUUUCCUUGGCCGAUGUGACAAUCAAGGAGGAACAAUUAUCAUAUGAAGACAAAUUAAAGAACGCCAGUAUCAUAGCACAACCUAUGGCUCCCAAAAAACUCACAAAAAAGUGUUACAAAUUAAUUAAGAAAGCUUCAAAACAAAAAACCUUUCUACGAGCUGGUUUAAAAGAUGUCCAGUCACGAAUUCGCAAGGGAGAGACCGGUAUUGUCAUUUUUGCUGGAGAUGUUACACCAGUUGAAAUAAUGUGCCAUUUGCCGGGAGUUUGCGAAGAAAAAGAUAUUCCUUAUACGUAUACACCAAGUCGAAAUGAUCUUGGAUCUGCUAUGGGUAUGAAAAGAGGUUCUCUCAUGAUUCUUGUACGAGAGCAUCCGGAUUACAAAGAGUUAUAUGAUGAAUGCAAGGAAGAAAUUAAUGCAUUAGCGAUGCCUUUUUAAUGAUAUAGUAAUUAUAUAUUAGAUUAAAAAGUAUAAGUAUUUUUAUAAUUUGAAAUGUGUUCGAUAUAGUAAUUUACAUUUUGAGCCAAUGUAAUAUAUUUUGUGCAUAUGUGGAAAUAUAUUUAAGUA